AUGGCGAAGAAGAAGGGCAAGAAGGCUCAGGCACAGAAGCAGACUGUGGAGGCUUCUCCACCUCCGAGCCCCAAAGCUGUACCAGAAGAGCCUGUCCUUGCCGUGCCUGCGUCAUUACCACUGUCGCCAGAGACCGCGCCCACUGAUUCGAUACCAGACGACAGCGCACCCUCGUUAGACUCACCAAUUGACGCUAACGAGGCAAACGACGCGCCUGCAGACGCUCCCUUGGAAGAAUCAGCCAGUCAGGAGCCUGCGGUCGAGAGCGCGCCGGUUGCUGAACAGGAAGAAGAGUCGAGCGCAUCGAAAGAGGACAAGCCCGCAGAAGAUCCUGAGUUUGAUGUGAGCGCAUGGGACGAACCAGCACCUGAAGCCCAAGAAGAAGUCGUGAGCGAUCCCAAGCCAGAAGAGACAGUCGAAGAGCCAGCUCCAGAAGUCACCGCUGAGCAAUCAUCCGAUAAAACGGUUGAAGAUCCCCCACCGCCAACAGACGAAGACGACUGGGGCUCUUUUGCUCCCACCACCAGCAAGAAGAAGAAGAAAGGGAAGAAGGGCAAGAAAGAACCAGAAGCUGUGCCGCCAAAGCCCGCAGAGCCUGAACCGAUUGUCGAAGCGCCAGAAGCCCCCAGUAUAGAAACACCAGAAGCACCGGUCGAAGAUACCUUGGAAGAGCCCAUUGUCGAAGCACCGGAAGCCCCGAUCGUCGAAGAGUCAGACGCUCCUGUCGUUGAAACACCAGUCGAAGCGGCUGAUUCACCGAUUGUUGAAGCCCCCGAACCUCCUGUCGCUGAAGCUCCUGAAGCUCCUGUCAUUGAAGCUCCGGAGCCACCCCCAGUUGAAGCACCUGAAGCACCGCCCAGUGUUGAAGCUCCUGAACCACCAAUUGUCGAAGCACCUGAGCCACCUACUGUCGAAGCACCUGAGCCACCAACUGUCGAAGCACCUGAGCCACCAAUCGUCGAGGCCCCAGAACCACCAGUUGUUGAAGCACCACAACCGAAAAAGAAAGGCAAGAAGAACAAAAAGGUCAAGGUCAACGAGACGCCUGUGGUCAUCGAAGCCCCAGAACCACCGGCUCCCGAGACUCCGGAAGAACCACCAGUUGUCGAAGCUCCAGAACCACCAAUUGUUGAAGCACCGGAAGCUCCCCAGCCACCAGUGAUCGAGGCGCCAGAGCCUCCAGUGUCAGAAGCAAACGAAACGAACCACGAGGAACCCCUGUCGGAAUCUACUGAAGCUCAGCCUGAUCCCUCAGCGGAGACACAGUCGGUAGAACAACCCGCAGAAGCAGAGAACCCCGAAGAAUCAGUUCCAGAACCUCCGCAAAUCGACGAGGUACCUCCUGAAUCGAUAAAAGCCGAGGAGACACCGCCUGAGCCUCCUAAGACCGAAGAGCCCGCUGUUGACGACUGGACGCCACCAGUAAAAUCUUCCAAGAAGAAAGGCAAGAAGGGGAAGAAGGCCAAGGUCGAAGAGCCAGUUGCUCCUAAACCCGAAGCGACCGCUGUAGAAGAGCCCGAACCUAUGGUUGAAGUGCAGCCGGAAGUACCAACAGAGCCUGAACCCGCGAUAGAGACACUUCCAGAACCUGAGCUGGAAUCACAAGAAGUCCCUGCAUCAGAUCCAGUACCGGACCCGCAACCGGAAGCAAGCGAAGCACCGAGAGCUCCAAGUCCACUACCUGCACCAGAAACUCCUGUACCCGUGGAAGCUCGAAGCACGACGCCUCCCUCUCCCAUACCAGCGCCUGUGGAAGCGGAGGCUCCGCCCAUUUCGCAACCUCGAUCACCAAGCCCCCCAGCAACUGCAGCAAAGGUCUCUCAGCAUAGACCUAUAUCACCCGUUCCCGCCCCAAUCAAGGCAAAGAGCCCUUCAUUACCCAAGCCCGCAUCGCCCGUCCCUGCCCCGGUCAAAUCAAGAACUCCUACCAUCCCUGAUCCUGCUCCCCUCUCUCCAGUAUCUACAGCCACCGAGCGUCCAGCCGCGCCCUCCGCUCCACCCAGACCAGCGGCAGUAAAUCAAGUAAUCGAAGAGGACAGACCGCCAGCUCCCUCACCGCCUCCAACCAGAGCUCGACCUCGACGUGCGCCUGUGUAUGAUGAUGAUUAUGACGAUGACGACGACGAGUCAGCUUUGAUACAACCCAGAUUGAGGCACCGUGAGGCCGACCAGCUAUCCCGCGAUUCCUCUCGUGGAUCUUACCUUCCAGCUCACACUCGGCCGCUGUUCGCAUCUCGCGUACCACAGCCUGAGCAUUACUCAAACCCUCCACCGCAGCCAGCUCCCCCUCAGUAUCACCAUCCCAGGGACCACUAUCCUCCAUCUGCCCCACCUUACUAUCACCCCUCUAGUCACGCUCCUAGCCACGCGCCUACCCACAGCAUGAGUCAGGCUAGUGCAUACCCCGACUAUCCCCCUUAUGGGCCCCCUUCGCAUGGUUCAUCACCGCACGGCUAUCAAGAAAGCUGGAGCCACGUCCCACCCAAUUAUGGAUACAACGGCCAUAGCCCACCGCAACGUCAUGAUCCUCUGCGCCCUAGAGGUUAUCCCAAUGGCUAUCCCGCAAUCGAAAAUGGCCCUGCAGUCGAUGAAGGCCCGGUUGAUGCAUUUUCCAGAAUAGCUCAUGCUAUCCAUGACCUGCCUUCCCUUUUGGCUAGCUACAAGGAAACACAAGGUCAGCUAGCCGUCAGAGAAGAAUUACUUCGCCGAACCGGUUCUGAACACCAGGAAAAGCUACGCGCCAAAGACGACGAGAUCCAAGCCCUAAGGGACAGGGUUGCGAGCAUGGAGCGCAAGCACUCUGGUGAAGCAAGCAGAUUGCGUUUCGAGGUUGGCAACAUGGAGGAGCAGGUGAAGGACCUCAAGGAGCGACUCGCCGAAACCGAGAAAUUCAGAAUAGAGGCAAGUCAGCUCAAGGUUGCCCUCGAUGCUACGAUGAAGUCGUGGGAGGGUAAGUACAAAGAUCUCGAAGAAGCGCACUCAACUCUCGAGAAGACGUCUUCCGAGGAGAUCGCGAAGACCCGUGUCGAAUUUGAAGAGUGGAAGACCACUACUACUACCAAAUACGAAGCCGAGACGAUUGCUCUGGCCAUCCAAUUCGACAAGAAGCUCAAGGAGGCCGAUGAUAAGGCUGAGAGUGAGCGACAAGCUGCAUUGGCUACACAUCUCAAAGAGAAAGACGACCUCAGAUCUGAACACGAGCGACAGCAGCGUGAAAGAGAAGAGAGCUUCGAUCGAUACCGCAAUGAGCUCGAGCAUAAGCUAAGUGCAUCCCAGCUCGACUGCGAGCAGGCACUGAAGCGUGAGCGUGAGACGAUGGAGGUAUGGGCGAAGGAGAGGAGCACUCUCGUUCAAGCUCAUCGGGAAGAUGUCGAGAGCCUGCGCAAGAGCUGGGAAGAGCAACGUUCUCUGCUGGAAGGUCAGCAUAAGAAGAUCAAGGACGAGUCUGACAAGGCGUGGAUCGAGCUGCACGCAGAGGCAAAUCGCAAGGCGGACGAAAACAAGGCGCUUGCGGACCAGCUGAGCAAGGACAAGGAUGAGUUGCUCAAACAGUAUAAUGACCUCAAUUCGCAGCAUGAGAAGGAGAAAGAGAUCAUUAAAAGCGUUGCAACCAACAUGGAGAGUGAGAAGGCGAGACUGGAGAAGCUUAUGGAGUCGUACGGUGACAUUGCUGAGAUCAAGAGCAAGGGUGAUACUUAUUAG